AUGAGAGGCGCGGGGCGCGGCCACGUGCUGCUGCUGCUCCUCUCUCUAACCCCAGCCUUGGGCCUGCAGCUGAACAGGCCGUGCGGCAACUAUACGGACUGUUGCACCAACGUGUGCGAUCCCACCAAGCUCAAGCCACACCAGGUGUUUGAGGGCAUUUUCCUGGCUGCCGACACCCUCUCCGACUUCUUUGACGGCAUUACGGACGGGCUCCAGUGGUUCUCGGGGCUGGGCGAUAUUGGGCUGGGCAUCUUCAACGGCGUGAACGCCGAGGAUGACCCCGCCUGGGCUCGCUACAACCUGGACAAGGACCUGGUCAAAGAGCAAGAUUACCUGGCAUGUGAGAUCAAUGCUGCCGUCUCCACCGCCGUGUACACUCUGGAAACGUUCAUGGCUGAGGACCGCCUGACUGAGUUCAAUAAUGAGGUGGCGGGCAUCCAGGCGCAGAUUCAGGACCGGUGCCCUGCAUGGAACUGCCUGAACUAUACCGCGGUGGCGCCCAGCAAGCGCAACAAGGCCGCCUGCGACGACUGCGUGCAAGGAAUGCGUAAUGUCAAGGAGUGCGGUGGGGUCAAGACCUGGGACCCAACCAGCCCCGUUACCUGCACGUACCCUGGCACAAACGUCGUGGGCGUGUGCGACACAGACGGCCGGUGCUAUAGGAGUGGGCUUUCAUAUGAGCGGGUAGUAGAGGACGUGCAACAGAUCCACGACGCUUUCUUCCUCUCAGAUGCAAUCAAAAAUUUCCGGGCUCUUGACCAGUUCACUGACCCUGGCGCGAUUCUGGCCUAUGCCAAGGCAGCCCUGAUCAAGGUGACACUGCUGCAACAGCUAAUCAUGCUUUACGCGGCAGAGGGGGGCGACACGGAGAGCCGCGUGGACCACACCAGCUUCCAGCACCUCAAGGACCUGACCGAGCAGUACAGCACCGGCACCAGCUGGGCCCUGGGCAACAUGUCCGAUCUGGCCAACAAGAACGCCACCCUCAACAAGGAGGUGUGCGACCCCCUGGGCGACAACCAAUACUGCAUGAGCACGCGCCGGGUAGAUGGCGGCGUGACAUACCACGUGCCAGGCUGCGACGACGUACACGACCCAUACGACUUCAAAGACGCCUACUAA